AUGAGUGAACCCCACAAAAAUGCCGAUUUCUUGGACAACUGGAUCAAAACCCAAGCCCUCAAAUAUGCGUUCAACGAGAAAACAAAGGGCUUCGUCGGGAAGAAAAUCAUUCGAGAACGCCUCAUCAGCACAAUCCCACGAGAGUUCAUUGCACGAGGCAUUACAAAGGAUAGAGUGGGCAUCCGACUUACCGAAAUGUUGGCGAGCGAUUUGACUCAAGCAUUGGUUCGGGAAUGUGACGAAAAACGCAUCAAAUCCAACGAAUUUGAUUCCAAUGCUUUAGCAGCUAGCGGUUCAUCGCAAUAUAAUCGUUCCGGUAGUGAUGACGGUUUGCAAAACGAAGUCUCGAUAACCACACCAAGCCCUGCCCUUACAGUUGCCAAUGUCGAUCCUGUUAUCGCAGAGUUUGUGGCAGGAAAGUCCUCUCAAGCCCGACCAAAGCCUUCCACAAUGCACGCCGCAGCGCAAAAACCAAGUGAUAUAUUUUCUCGGGGAGGAAGCUCGACCCCUGCAAGUAGAAGUCCAGCCUCAUCAAUUGCCCCAGCGGUGGUUGAUCCACCAUUACCUUCAGACCCCGAAAUUCCGUCCUUGCCUUUCAAGCAACAACAUCGGAUUCUUACCACUCUACAAAGCAUUCUCGAAUGUGCCUAUUACGAUUUUGCGCGAAAGCAUUACCCCAACUUGCUUGUUCGGAAACAUUGGGACUGCCCUGAAGCAGGUGAAAUAACCCAAUGGGCUCGAAAUAUAGCAUUCGAAUUCCGAAAGGACCCCAUCAACACUAAGGGGGCGAGAGAUGUAGAGGUUUUUAUCUCAACAUUGAAAAGUACCGAUGAAAUUAGGCACGCAGCGGUGCACCGUAUUCCAGUCUCAGGAAAGGAUAUUCAAAGACUUAUCGAGAACUCUAAGACCGUUGUGGGUAUGCUUGGUGAUAAGAGACGGAAGCGGGAAGUUGACAGCAUCCGUGAAAUUAUGGAUAAAAAUAUCAGGAUUGUCUUGGAGUUGCAGAAAGAAAAGGAGGACAAGUUGAAAGCCGAAUUGGAGAAGUUGGAAGAGUGGAAGAGAAUCCUUGAACUCAGAGAGAUGAGAGCAAUCAGACAAGCCGAUCAACAAGAAGAGAAGAUAGAGAGGUCGUUCCGUGAUGAGGUUGAGCGAGCCUUGAAUUUGCUAGAAACCGAGGAGGAUGAUGAUGCAGAUGUUGAGGGUGAUGGUAGCGAGAAAGAGCCGGAAACAGCCGGCUCAGAGAGGUCAGUAGUUCUGGUUUAUAUAUGUGCCCCACCACGCCUCGAAAUUCUCUUCUGA